AUGAUACAGUCGAUCAAAAAGGCUCCAACAAUACAAAGAGGUGUCCUGUUCAAAGGGACGAUGGAGAAGGAACGGGAACGAAAGCAAUGGACGAAUACAGUGAGAGGGGAAAACACGAAGUCUCGCAGGCACGACUUCGUUGCUCGGCCGCGAGAAGGAGACGAAUGGAUGGGCGACGUGUGCGAUUGUCUCUGGGGUUUAACAAGGCCGAAGAGACGGAGAAGUAGCGAAGCUGCUGCGGUCUCGGUGGGGGCUACGAUGGGGCAAUCGGCGGUUGAGGAAGGAGGUACAGCUGAUCUCCAGGGAGUCCUCGUGAUUUCCAUUCUCGUCUUCAGCAGUAGAACACAAAGAAGGAGCAGGGCAUUUAGGUGA